AUGGAGCUACCGGAGUUGCCGGAGUGCCCAGUGUGUCUCCAAAACUACGACGGCGCGUCGACGAUUCCGCGCGUGCUGGGUUGCGGCCACUCGGCGUGCGAGGUCUGCCUGGCGAAGCUGCCCCACCGCUACCCGGAGACGAUUCGCUGCCCGGCGUGUACUCAGCUAGUCAAGUACCCUCAGAACGGCGCCGCCGCGCUGCCCAAGAACAUCGACCUCCUCUCGCUCUCUCUCUCCCUCUCUCCGCCGCAAAACCCUAACCCUAAUUCCGACGAUCCCCGGAAGCCACGUCAGCAAUCCGCGGAUGAAGAAGUGUUUAAAUUCCUGCCGCGGCUAUGGUCCGACGAGUUUUAUAGUGCUUGGAAGGACUGGGUCGUUGGGUAUGACGCCGUUUUGGUCGAAAAGGAAGAAAGGGCUCGGCUUUGUGAUUCUGGUGCUGCUGUGGGGUUAGUUCAAGUUGGGUUUUUGGAGAGAUUGGGUGAUUCUAAAUUUGAGUUUAGCUACAAUGUGAGGGUUAUGAAGUGUUUGAGUGAAAUGACAGAGGAGGAGAGGAGAGAAUUGGGUUUAUUGCUGAGAGGUUCUGGGAGGCAGUGUAGGAGGAUAGGGAAGGUUUAUGGGUUUUGGGGUAAUGUGGAAGAUGGGGUUUUGUAUUUAGUGUGUGAGAGCCAGAAUGGGAGGUUUGAGGAGAAGUUGAGGGGUUUGAGAAAUGGGGAUGGGUUUGGGAGAGAUGGGUUGUGUGGUUUUGGUGUGAUUGGUAUGGAGGUGUGUGAGGCGGUGAUGGGGUUGCAUUCGGAGGGGUUUGUUGGUGGUGGUUUUGGUGUUUCGUGUUUUGGAUUCGAUGAGUUUGGCCAUGUUUUUGUGGAUUUGAAUGAGGUGUUGGUGAUGGGAAGGAAGGUUUGGAGAAGUGUUGGGGAUAGUGUUUCUGGUAGAAAGGGAAUUGGUGCUGAAGAAAUGGGAGUGAUGUUUGGGAGUUUAUUGAAAGAUGAGGCUUUUGUUAGCAUGGAGGUGUUGUUUGAGGUGUUGAAGAAAGAGGGCAUUGCAGUGGAAUGUGAGAGCUCGAAAUAUAUGGUUGGGUAUGGCUCGGAUGUUUGGUCAUUAGCUUGUGUUUUGCUCAGUCUGCUUCUUGGGAAAGAGUUCAGUGAAGAGAUUGGAAAUAUGAAUCAUAUUUGCGAUCAUUCAAUGUAUGCAAGUUGGAUUGAAAGAGUUGGUGAUUUGCUGGACAGUAGAUUGGGUUCUGAAUAUGCGUCACUGAGGGUGACUCUCUGUAAAUGUUUGAAUUAUGAUCCAGCAAGUCGUCCACUAGUGAUUGAUGUUAUGAUUUGCAUUAGGGAACUGAUUAUUAAACCUCAAUAUGAUAUCAUGGCCGGUUUGGAGAGACCGGUUAAGGAGAACAGCACAAGUUGUUGCUUGAUUCUGGGGGAGCUCUGUCAGAUGCCCAAGAAAAUGUCAGAAACACAGAAAGAACAUGAGUUGCAGGGAAAAGAAGUUGGUGGAGGAGCAGACUUUGAUCAGGUUGAUGAGGGGAGGUCUGAGAAUGGUUUUGUUGAUGGACUCGCAGAGGGAAAGGUCAAAUCUAAAGUUCUGCAGGGCCAUCGUGACUCUAUUACAGCAUUAGCUGUUGGAGGAGAAUUUCUAUUUAGCUCCUCAUUUGACAAAACCAUCCAUGUGUGGUCUUUGCAGGACUUCUGUCAUGUACAUACAUUUAAAGGCCAUGAGCAUACCAUUAAGGCUCUAAUUUAUGUAGAUGAAGAGAAACCCUUGUGCAUAAGUGGUGACAGUGGAGGUGGCAUAUUUAUCUGGAGCACAUGUUCCCCUCUUGGGCAAGAACCAUUAAAGAUACUGUAUGAGCAGAAAGAUUGGCGCUUUAGUGGUAUUCAUGCCUUGGCCUUUAGAACUGGAUAUAUUUAUACCGGCAGUGGAGACAGAACAGUAAAAGCAUGGUCUAUGCAGGAUGGCACCAUAUCAUGCACUAUGUCUGGUCAUAAAUCAGUAGUUUCAACACUUGCAGUUUGUGAUAGUGUUCUGUAUAGUGGCAGUUGGGAUGGAACCAUCCGAUUAUGGAGUCUCAGCGAUCACAGUCCUUUGGCAGUACUAGGGGAAGACACAUCUGGAACUGUGGUUUCUGUCUUAUCUCUUGCUGCUGACAGACAUGUGCUCAUUGCAACCCAUGAAAAUGGAUGUCUAAAGGUCUGGAGAAAUGAUGUGUUUAUGAAAUCCAUUAAAAUGCACAAUGGUGCAGUAUUUGCUACUGGCCUGGAUGGAAAAUGGCUUUUCACAGGAGGGUUGGAUAAAACUGUCAAUGUCCAGGAAUGGUCUGGUGAUGAGUUUCAAACCGAUUUCAGACCUAUUGGAUCCAUCCCCUGUGAUUCUGUCAUUACUACUUUGUUGUGCUGGCAAGGAAAGCUUUUCGUUGGAUAUGCUAAUAGGAAUAUCAUGGUGUUUUACUAUGGUAAAUGACCACCGAUUGGGUAUGCUACUAUGCUGGAUAUGUUGCUCUGGAUUAAUCUCAGGCUGCUCAGCCAAUCCACGAAAUGAUAGUUAUGGUGGGAGAUCUGAUAUGGCUAAGUUUGAAGUUCGAAUCCCACUGGUAGAGUGCUAUAGUCUGCACUAUGCUACAGUUUGUUGCAGCAGCUUUAGCAGUUUGGCAAAUACACAAUAUACAACAGCAGUAGUGUUCCCCUGGUCAGCAGCUGACCAUGGGGAAUAUGGUCACUCACC